AUGAGUAGACAGCUGGAUCCUACAGCUAGCAGGUUCGCGCCAAACGGCCGUCGGCAGAAAGACGCGAACCAUCAGGCGAGUAGCCUUCUUGCAACCCACCUUGAGGCUCGUGUCGUCAACCUGGAAGACCAGCAUGCAAACUUACAAGACGAGGUUGGUACUCUCAAAGAGCUCUUUCAUGACCUUUCCUCCGCCGUCGACAAAUUGAACAAGGAUAGUUCGCCAGUAGACGUCAAAGCCUCACACCAAGAUGCCAAAAAGUUCAGCCUCGAGUUGGAAAAACUCAAAGAGAGGGUUCUUGAAUCGGUCAGCGGCGAUCAUGACAAGCUGAAGGGGACCGGUAGUACUAUCUCCAAGCCGAAUGACAUUGUCACUGCCAGCGUCACAGCCAAUAAGUCCAUCCCUCCUCACAUGCGAGGAAAGGCAUCUCAGUCAGACAACGGCAACAAGCCCCAGCAGCAGGUUGUGUCCGGCAACCGCGACACUCCGGCCGUGGAAGUCAAUGUCAGUUUUCAGCAGUCUCCGAUGCCGGUGCCAUCCCCACCUCUUUCUCCAAAGCCCGCCGCCCAGGACAAAUCUACCAAAUACAUCCCCCCCAUUGACAAGCAGGCCUGGAAACCGUACCAUCUUACAACUAUGGUCCCGUUUUCAGGUCAGAUUCCUUAUACUGAAGUCACGUUUCAUCCAGACUUCCUCGCCAAUCAUCUGGGCGGGACACCUUGGUCACCAGGCCUACGCUUCAUCAAAGGCAAGGGUACGUGCAUACUCAAGAACCGUACAUACUACCAGAUCGAUCCGGAGAACGAGCCAUACCUACCCAAAGCACCUGGCGAGCACGGUGCCAAGCUCACAGCGUUCUUCAACAAGGCUCCCGAAGACGAAUUCUGCGACCUUUUCGACAAUGGUUCCAACUCUUAUGAAAAUGUACCCAUGUUCGUCCUUGUCAACAAGCGUUACGUGUACUAUGGCAACUACUCACAGACCCGUUGGUCAGACAAGUUGGACCAUGACACGAUGAUGACUAAGGUGCCUGACCAUGUCAAGGACUUUUGGGCUGAGGAGCUCAGUGCCCCGACGCGUGAGAAGUGGGUUACCGAAGAGCUGAAGAAACAUUUCUUCCGCAAGCCAGAGUACAACGGCCGUCUUUUCGCUGCCCCGGAAAACGAGACUACUGUCGACUCUGCAGAAGAUGCCAAGCUCACUGAGAAGAUGGCUAGAGAUGUGCGCAAGUACGUCGACGAGCUUCGUCAGUGGGAGCGUGAGGCUAGUAUGAAGGCUUCCCUGAUCAAAAAGCAAUUCAUUCUUGAAGCAUUCGAUACGUCUGACAUGGAUGAGCUUCCUGCGCUUCGCCUCUGGUGGGAAUACCUCGAGUGUGUCGACUGGAGGAAGGACUUCUAUGACCUCCUGGUUACCCUCCAAUCGCGUGAGGGGCAGAAGUACGCCUAG